ACGCAGAAAUGAUUGCUUACGAUACGAUCAACAACUCGAAGGAAGCAAUCGAACGAUGUGCUGCGGUGCUGCUGAGCGAAUUGAACGAGCUGAUAACGAACAGAAACGUUCCGGUUGCAAACUACGCCUCACUGAUUUGCUACAAAAUGCUGUACGGAAAAACAUUCCAUGCUUUGGCGGCCAAACUACCAACACUGCACCCAUUUUUGGGAACUUCUGCGGAAGAGAUCAAACUCUUCACUCGUACCACCGGACGCAGUUUGUCGUUGCGGCCAAUGCUUGCCAACGAACGGAUCGAGUACAGCGCUUUUGUGCAGCAGCUGUCAGCCGCGUUGCUGUCAUUUUGGGGAAUACGAUGA